AUGGCUCAAACUCGCAAAUCUGCAUGCACGACGGAGGAACGGAGAGUGGUCGCCAUCGAACGGAAACAAAGAAAGGGACCUUGCAUAUUUUUCCAGGCGAUGAUUGUGGAUAGCAAUGGUCCGGACACGAAGCUGGAGCACAUGCUCACGUUCAGCGAGGAAGAAUUUAGAUCCUUGAAAGGUUCCCAGGCUGCCCUGGAAGCCUUUCAUGGGGGAAACAAGACAGAGGAUGAGGAUGAUGAUGGAUGUUGCAUCUGUAUUGGGUGGUUUCCAUCAUACAUCGGAUAUUGGUUCACGCGUUUCCUACCUAAAGGGCGCAGUCUUGCCUUUGCAUGCGCUGGCGCUGCUCCGCCUGCAACCAUUCCCCCGGCCACAAUCAACACCAACACGGAACUACUCGUCCUCGAGAAUAACGUAGCUCCCUACCCACCUCGAAAUCAUGUACACAGAAGACCAGCAAGCGACACUACCGCCGAUCUGAACUCGUCUACGGGUCCACCACGAAGCACAACAGCGUUUGCCCUUCCCAGCCCUACUUCCGAGACGCCACUUGUGCGAGCCGCUCUAUCAAAUGAUUCCUCUCCACGCAAAGUUGCUUCGGGCUUAAUCGUGCCUGCUAGGGAGUGUAGGACGUGCAGAAAGGAAUUCCACCAUCAACACCUCUUUGAUUUCCACCAGGAGAAAUGUACAGGGCAAAAACCAAGUUCAAGCUAUAUCGUCAGUGUCUCAUCGUCUGCGGCAUCGCACGCCUCUUCCGAGAAAUUCAUGCAGGAGCAUCAGGAUCAGUUCCCUCGAAGUCCAACUCCUGACGGUCCACAACAGCCAAGGAAAGUGGCAGAUACCUCUCUGUUUGCCAAAGUCCUCGACGUACUCUGGAUUGAGCAUGUGGAGGCAACUCCGCAAGGUGUUUACGGGAUAAGGGUUCUCGUACGCACUUUGUGCGAUACAGUUCAGCUUAUGUCAAUAGUAAGCUUCCUUACGCUUCUUGAAGAAAAGGAACAGGUAGAAAGUAUUAUGGGUGCUCAUGGUUUCGGCUUCGCAUUAUACAUGCAUGAUACGGGCCAUUCCAUACCACCGCGUACAAUUUGGACCAGCCAUCUCCAACUUGAAGAUGUUGUACCUGAGGAAGUUGACCGCCGUUUGCUGGAGUCAGGCGAAUAUUGUUCGGCCACCUCUCUGUCUACCUUUGGCUCUACAUGA